UCUCUCUCUCUCUCGAUCUGAUCUGAUCUGAUCUGAUACCUCUAAUGGCAACCAUCAAGUCCGUCAAGGCCCGCCAGAUCUUCGACAGCCGUGGAAAUCCCACUGUCGAGGUUGAUGUGUAUCUCUCUAAUGGAAUCAUGGCAAGGGCUGCUGUUCCUAGUGGUGCAUCCACUGGUAUUUACGAGGCUCUUGAACUGAGAGAUGGAGGAUCGGACUACCUCGGAAAGGGCGUUGCCAAGGCAGUUAACAAUGUGAACUCAACCAUUGCACCUGCCCUUGUCGGAAAGAACCCGACCGAGCAGACUUGUAUUGAUAAUUUCAUGGUUCAAGAACUUGAUGGAACUCAGAAUGAAUGGGGUUGGUGCAAGCAAAAGCUUGGUGCGAACGCGAUUCUUGCUGUGUCUCUUGCCGUGUGCAAAGCUGGAGCUGCAGUCCUCAACAUCCCUCUCUACAAGCAUAUUGCUAACUUGGCUGGCAACAAGAAUCUGGUUCUGCCAGUCCCAGCUUUCAACGUCAUCAAUGGCGGAUCACAUGCUGGAAACAAACUCGCUAUGCAGGAGUUCAUGAUUCUUCCAGUUGGAGCUUCUUCUUUCACAGAGGCCAUGAAGAUGGGUGUGGAAGUAUAUCACCAUUUGAAGGCUGUUAUCAAGAAGAAGUAUGGCCAGGAUGCCACCAACGUCGGGGAUGAGGGUGGCUUUGCUCCUAACAUUCAGGAGAACAAGGAAGGCCUCGAGCUGCUUAAAACAGCUAUUGCUAAAGCAGGCUAUGAAGGAAAAGUUGUUAUCGGAAUGGAUGUCGCUGCAUCUGAAUUUUACGGAAAAGACAAGACUUAUGACUUGAACUUCAAGGAAGAGAACAACAACGGUUCACAGAAGAUCCCGGGUGACAAGCUCAAGGAUCUGUAUAAGUCAUUUGUUUCCGAGUAUCCUAUUGUGUCAAUCGAAGAUCCCUUCGACCAAGAUGACUGGGAGACCUAUGCAAAGCUCACCACAGAAAUCGGAGCCAAAGUUCAGAUCGUGGGAGACGAUCUUCUUGUCACCAAUCCUAAGAGAGUAGAGAAAGCAAUCAAGGAGAAGACAUGCAAUGCUCUUCUUCUCAAGGUUAACCAAAUAGGAUCUGUGACCGAGAGUAUUGAAGCGGUUAGGAUGUCCAAGCGCGCUGGUUGGGGCGUAAUGACCAGUCACCGGAGUGGAGAGACAGAGGACACGUUCAUCGCUGAUCUAGCUGUCGGUUUGUCUACGGGGCAAAUUAAGACCGGGGCUCCUUGCAGAUCCGAGCGUCUGGCUAAGUACAACCAGCUGUUGAGGAUUGAGGAGGAACUUGGUUCAGCAGCAGUUUAUGCAGGUGCCAACUUCCGAACGCCCGUUGAGCCCUAUUAGACGUGCCCCGGGAUGCAUAGGAGGCUUUGCUUUUUCAGCAAUGGGGUCGACUUCAGUAAUGGCAAGUAGGCUUGAAUCAUAGACGAAUAAUCAUUCAUACUACUUAAUAAAGGCUGGUGUUUUUGUUUUUUAUUUUUUUUGAGAUUUGAAGAAUGCUGAGUUUGUGAUCAAGAACAAUAAUAAAGAUUAGUUGUAGCAGUUUA